GUUGGUCAGGGACGGUCAUGGUCGUCAUGCUGAAAAUGGCCGUCACCGUCGGAACGGUAGGAUAUUUAAUGACGGUUGUGGUUAUGGAAGUAAGGGUAAUGGGAGAAAGAGCUGAGUAGGAUCGUUAUGUGUUUGUGAUGGUAUUUUAUUUGCGAUCACAACACGUGAAACAAGUGUACGUGGACUGUGAACGUAUUAAUGGUUUGUUUUUAGUACUUCGGCCUUAAAUUGACUUUUGGUAACUUGUGUGCCGAGUGCUUGAAGGGUCACUCCAUGACAGUACAUUCAGAGCUGAUACAUUCAUUCAUUUUAAUAGCACAUUGUGAUCCAGAAAUCCAAUGGGUUAGUAUGACUGAGUUAAACAUUGAUACACAAGUUAGAUGUGUGAAGAGCCACUACAGAGGGCCUUAACAAUGGCAGUCCAUGGAGCUCCUCCAAAAAGGAAAGAGAUAUAUAAAUAUGAAGCUCCCUGGCCAUUAUACAGCAUGAAUUGGUCAGUUCGCCCUGAUAAACGAUUCAGACUUGCCUUGGGUAGCUUUGUUGAGGAGUAUAACAACAAGGUACAAGUAGUUUCACUAGAUGAAGACACUUCUGAGUUCAGUGCAAAGAGCACAUUUGACCAUCCUUAUCCUACCACAAAAAUCAUGUGGAUACCAGACAGUAAAGGAGUGUUCCCAGAUCUGCUGGCAACAAGUGGUGAUUAUUUGCGAGUCUGGCGUGCAGGUGAGCCAGAAACAAGACUGGAAUGUGUCCUCAAUAAUAAUAAGAAUUCAGAUUUCUGUGCACCUCUUACAUCAUUUGACUGGAAUGAAGUAGAUCCAAAUCUGAUAGGAACCUCCAGUAUCGACACAACUUGCACAAUCUGGGGCUUAGAAACUGGACAGGUGUUGGGACGUGUGAACCUGGUUACUGGCCAUGUGAAGACACAGCUUAUAGCCCAUGAUAAAGAGGUAUACGAUAUAGCUUUUAGUCGGGCUGGUGGUGGGCGCGACAUGUUUGCUUCAGUUGGUGCUGACGGAUCAGUGAGGAUGUUUGACCUUCGACACUUGGAGCAUUCCACCAUUAUCUAUGAAGAUCCACAGCACACGCCACUUCUGCGUCUUGCAUGGAACAAACAGGAUCCCAAUUAUUUAGCCACAGUUGCCAUGGAUGCAUGUGAAGUUAUAAUUCUAGACGUAAGGGUGCCAUGUACCCCAGUGGCUCGUCUCAAUAACCAUCGUGCCUGCGUUAAUGGCAUUGCAUGGGCACCACAUUCUUCCUGCCACAUCUGCACAGCUGGUGAUGACCAUCAGGCCCUAAUCUGGGACAUUCAGCAGAUGCCAAGAGCCAUUGAGGAUCCCAUCCUAGCCUACACUGCAGCAGAAGGGGAGAUCAAUCAGAUACAGUGGGGAGCAACACAGCCAGACUGGAUUGCAAUUUGUUAUAAUAAAGCACUGGAAAUUUUGCGUGUGUGAGAUGCGAGUGCUGUGGCCCUGGUGGUAAGCAUGUAUCUGCUGGGUACAUGAUCAUUAUGUUACAUUCGUAAGUUUUUUAUUGUUUUUUCAUAAGCUGGACCAGUCAGUUUUGGUGAUAUUUCCUGUGGAAGCCUAUUUUUACCCCGUGAUUUUUAUUUUUUUUAUAUAUAUAUAUAUUACAGUGGAAGAAAACAGUCACCAUGUUUUUAUAUAUUAGGUGGUGAUGUCUGAUAUAUGUUUGAGAAAUUGUAUUGUCUUGUACAGUGUGUAGACAGCUGUCGGAUAUUUUUAUAUGAAGAAUGGUAGGUCGAAACUUACAGCCUUCAGAAUUAAAAAGACAGCCAUGUACCAAAUGUUAAACAAUCAAUUAUAGAGACGUGCAAGUCGUCUGACUGAAAUCAGGUUUAAAAAUUCCAGAGCAAAUUAUAUGUAACUUCACUUGCAUAUCUUGUCGUGAUAUGAUAGGUCAUACAAAUUGUUGAUAAUACAGAGUAUCUAAGAAAGGUCUGCAUGAUUUUGAAUGCUAAACAUUCUUCUCACGGACAACAUAGAUGUUAUAAUUUUGAAGUUCAGAAUUUAAGAAGUUUUUGUUGUUGUCAGUGUAGUGAUUAGGCUACAGAUUAGGUGACCAAUGAAUUGAGAUUUGCUUCCUGGUAGAGGCACGACAGGUUACUCUUUUCAGAGUGUUAGACAAAUUUGGGGGCCCACCCAGCCUCGAAUUCUGUCAGUGCUGGAGAUAAAGUGACCGUGGCUUGAAUAUAAAGAGCGAAGGUUGAGAAUGCUUGGCUCUGUACCUCCAUUCUCCCAUGCAUCUUGAUGGUGUACUGCUUCCAACCUACUGACCACUAUCACACAGCUGUUAAUGCAAAGAUGGCUGCCUAGUCCAUUCACCAGUGAUUAAUAAGAAUAAUUAACCUCUUAAUUGAGAAUAAGGUAAUCUGAAAGGUUUUUAGGUAACCUCUGUAAGGUAGCUCAGAUUCAGUAUGGCUGAGGUUGUCAUUCGUGCUGUCCAACUACAACUGCCUUACAGGCAACUGAGUUAAUACAGUUAGAUUAACUGCUUCCUUAACAGUUUUUUUACAAAUUAUUGGGCUCAAGGAAUCUGUAUUUUAUUUACCUUUCUUCUGAAAAGAAACAAAAAUAAAGCAA